AUGCGGCGGCCGCGGGGGUCGGCGUCGGGCGCCGGGGGUGGGGCAGGGGGUCCGGGGCGGGCUCGGCGGCUCAGCCCGGCCUGGGCUCCGGGGCGCGCAUCUCCCCGUCCGCGUCCAGGGACGCUCCCGCGCCCUUGGCCGCCGCUCCCGCCUCCCUCCCGCGCCGCGGCGCCCGGGCCAGCUCCGCGCCCGCCCCACACGCUCCCCGCGCCGCGCCGAGUCCGCGGAAAUUUCCACGCGGCCCCGAGCGGAAGCGUCAGCCCGGCCGACCCCGCGCCCCCCGGCCCGGCCCGGGCCCGCGGGAAGUCGCCCGCAUCAGUUCCUCCAGCCGCGGCGCCCCGGCAACGGCCGGCCCCGCGCCGAGCCGCGCCGCGACGGCUGGACAAUGAACGGCCGGGCUGUCACCCUGCAGCAGCGAGCCCCGGGAGGCGGCUGCCAGCAGAACGUGGUGCAGCAGGGACAAAGGAAGCCGGCGGCUGCGGGGGUCGGCUUAGUCAUCGGGAAGCCAAAUCUGAAGCCCCGUGCGGGACCCACCGGGCUGCGGAGUCCAGCUCCACCUGCAGCGGGGCAAGGCCGCCCCGGCGACCUCCCCUCCCCACUGCGCGGGGCCACCGGGAGAAACUGAUGAGGAAGUUCGCGGCAGAAACGCCCAACUCCCGCGCCCCCUCUUCCAACACGGAAAAAUCUAAUCCAAGUUAUAAAAUAAAAAUUGGAGCAGGUGAAGCCAAAGAGGUCAACAUGGAGACUGCACUCCCGCCCCAGUACCCGGCCCGCCCAGUCAGUGACUGGCACACAGCUAGUGUCAGGAUGAAUGACCGGGAUAUCGUGACAGUGACCAUGUCAGGGUCUCGUGUUCGAACCCCCAACCUCCGGGUCCCCAGGAGGCAGCGGAGCCCAGGCCCCGGCUCCCCCGCACCCUCGCGGCGUCCCAGCAGCAGCGCAGCGCGGGCCGAGGCGCCACCUCCAGGGGCCGAUUCACCGGCCACAGCCACCUCUCACGCCUCGCGAGACUCUGCGCGGCGCCCGAAAAGCGUUUCUCUCACCUGGCGCGAGUUCUUCCCAGGCCCCGCAGGCGAGCCUCGACUCCCGCCACCCACGUGCCGGCCCUGCGCCACUUCCGGGGAAAGCGGAAGUCCCCUCAGCAGCUUCCGGUAA